GGAGGGUCUCUAGAGAGAUGAGAUUAGGGGGAGUGUCUGUGGCUGGGAUCUCAAACCAUUGAGAGAGUCCGGAUAAUCUGUUAUGAAACCCCACCUCGGGAGAGAUAAAGUGAUGAUGCAAAAGGCUAGGAUAGUUCAGGGACUAUCUCCAGGCCUGGCACACACACACACAUAUACACACAUACGUGCAACACACACACACACACACAUACGUACAACACAAGUAAGACUUUACAACAGUGCCCUUGUGCGUGUGUCACUAAUGCAUGAAGGAUGGUGUUUGCCACUAACACAUCAGACACUGGAAUAGUAGCCGACUGGAAAGCCACAAAUCAGGUCUCUGAACUGGUGCACCUUACACAAAGGAAAAAGCUUUUUUAUAACGUUAUCAAAGACAUUGAGCCUGGAGAAGAAUUGUUGGUUUAUAUGAAGGAGGGGAAUUUUUCCCUUGGAAGCAUGCCACCGAAUCUAGAGGAGGAACACACGUUUCGCUGUGAAGACUGUGACGAGCUUUUCCAGUCCAAGCUAGAUUUGAGGCGGCACCAGAAGUAUGCCUGCAACACGGUGAACCACAUCUACGAGUCUCUGAGCGAGGAGAUCAAGCAAGAGGGUUUCGAUAAUGAACAAGUACAUGAGUGCAAAGACUGUGAGCGCCUCUUUCCUAACAAAUACAGCUUGGAACAGCAUAUGAUAAUUCAUACAGAAGAGCGGGAGUACAAAUGUGACCAGUGCCCUAAGGCCUUCAACUGGAAGUCCAACCUGAUUCGCCAUCAGAUGUCACAUGACAGCGGCAAGCGGUUUGAGUGUGAGAACUGCGUAAAGAACGAUUCCUGGUUCCCAAGCGAUCUUCCUUCCAGAUUACCCAUAUAUUUGAACUGCAACAACAACACUGAAGCGGAACCUCACACACCUAAAGUAGACGUAUUCACUGACCCCAGCAACCUCCAGCGGCAUAUCCGUUCCCAGCACGUCGGAGCCAGGGCACACGCCUGUCCUGACUGCGGCAAAACCUUUGCCACCUCGUCAGGUCUCAAGCAGCACAAGCACAUUCAUAGCACUGUCAAACCUUUCAUAUGUGAGGUCUGCCACAAAUCGUACACACAGUUCUCCAACCUGUGUCGCCAUAAACGAAUGCAUGCUGACUGCCGUACGCAGAUUAAAUGCAAGGACUGUGGACAGAUGUUUAGCACUACCUCCUCCCUGAACAAGCACCGACGCUUUUGUGAAGGCAAAAACCAUUACAACCCCAGUGGAUUAUUUGCCCCUGGUCUGCCCCUGACAAGUUCUUUGAUGGACAAGUCCAAAUCUUCUCCGAACAUGAAUCAUUCUAGCCUCGCUUUCAAUGACUACUUUUCUUCUAGGGCACAUCCAGGUGGUUUGCCGUUUUCACAUGCUCCUCCUCCUUUUCCAGCAUUGGCCCCUGGAUUCCCAGGAAUUUUUCCUCCGUCGCUUUACCCCCGGCCACCUUUAUUACCUCCUUCUCCACUACUCAAGAGCCCUUUGAACCAUGCUCGGGAAGCCAAGCUUCCUAGCCCAAUGGGAAAUCCUCAGCUUGCUCUUAUGGCCUCUCUAAACAGCAGCAAUAGCAACCAGCAGCUUUCAUUGGAGGAAAAGUUUGGGAACAGUAUGGAAACAUACAUGGAAAAACAUAAAUCCAGGAGCAGUGACUUGUCAGAUGGAAGUGACUUUGAAGAUGUCAACACCACCUCGGGGACAGAUUUAGAUACCACCACUGGUACUGGUUCUGAUUUAGAUAGUGAUGUUGACAGUGAAAGAGACAAAAACAAGGACAAAAACAAAUCCGUAGAAAGCAAGCAAGACAUUGUCAGUAGUUCUGUUUCCAGUAGUUCUAAUAAUGUUGCUGAAAGGUCAUUUUUCUAUUCUCAACAUUCCUUUUUUCCUCCACCAGAAGAGCAACUGCUUCCAUCAAUGGGGGCAGCCAAUGACUCUAUCAAAGCUAUUGCUUCUAUAGCAGAAAAAUACUUUGGACCUGGAUUUAUGGGCAUGCAAGAAAAGAAAAUGGGUUCACUCCCCUAUCAUUCCAUGUUUCCCUUUCAGUUUCUUCCCAAUUUUCCCCAUUCAUUAUAUCCAACCUUCUCAGAACGGACAUUAAAUCACAACUUGGUUAUGAAGGCCGAACCAAAGUCUCCUAGGGACCUUCAGAAAGUUGUCAGCACGAGCUCCGAGUCACCAUUUGAUCUCACCACCAAACCAAAAGAGAUUAAGUCAGCCUUAAUGCCGCCUAAAGUUUCGGCGCCCCAGGCUUCGGGAGAGGAGCAACCCUUGGACCUCAGUAUUGGUAGUAGAAGUAGAGCCAGUAGUCAUAAUGGGGCUAGGGAAUCUAGGAAAAACCAUAUCUACAGUGAAAGGAAAGUGGUGUCCAAUGACAUGCUUUCAAAAAUUCCUCCGCCUCCUCUUCCGCAACAGCCACAUCUUCACUACGCAAAACCUUCUCCAUUCUUCAUGGACCCCAUUUACAGCAGGGUGGAAAAGCGGAAAGUGACAGACCCUGUGGGGACGAUAAAGGACAAGUACUUACGGCCAUCCCCUCUCCUCUUUCACCCUCAGAUGUCGGCCAUCGAGACCAUGACGGAAAAGCUGGAAAGUUUUGCCAACAUGAAGGCCGACACCGGAAGCUCCUUACAGAACCUCCCUCACCAUCCAUUCAACUUUCGUUCCCCGCCCCCAACGCUGUCAGAUUCGAUCUUACGGAAAGGAAAAGAACGCUAUACCUGCAGGUACUGCGGUAAAAUCUUUCCACGGUCAGCGAAUCUGACGAGACAUCUCAGGACCCACACAGGGGAACAACCCUACAGAUGUAAAUAUUGUGACCGGUCUUUUAGCAUCUCCUCCAAUCUUCAAAGGCAUGUACGGAACAUACACAACAAAGAGAAACCGUUCAAAUGCCACCUGUGUAAUAGAUGUUUCGGCCAGCAGACCAAUCUGGAUCGACACCUUAAGAAACACGAACAUGAAAAUGUUCCAGUGAGUCAGCACUCGGGAGUUAUGGGAAACCACCACGGAAACAGCGCCUCCUCCCCCAAUUCCGAAUCCGAAAACCAUGCACUUCUAGACGAGAAAGAAGAUUCCUAUUUCUCGGAAAUUCGAAACUUUAUUGCAAAUAGCGAUUUAAACCAAGCUUCGAGUCUAGCAGAAAAAAGAACAGAAAUUCAAGACAUCGAUAGCAGUUCCAAGUGUUGUGGCCUAGUCAGCCAGAAACCAGAAGAUGUAGACGAGGAUGAGGAAGAUGAUCUAGAAGAAGACUAUGAAGAUGGAAGUCUAACAGGGAAGUCACAAGAUGAAACGGUUUCCCCAACAAUGGAAACCCAGGAAGCAUAUGAGGAGGAUGAGGAAGAUGAAGAACCCACAUCCCUUAAUAUGAGCUUUGACCACACACGAAGGCUUAUGCAAUGAUGUUAUCACUUUCUGAAAAUGCUUCACUUCAUACUCCUUCCCACAAUUCCCUGGACGCUUGGUUAAACAUGGCAGGAGCAGCAUCAGAAUCUGGGACUUUUAACCCUAUGAACCAUUUGUAAAAAAAAGAAAGAAAGAAAGAAAGAAAAUUCAUAAUUAGCCAUCGCUCACACGAAAUUUGAAAUGUUGCAAUGUCACCCCUUUUUAAGACAAACAAAAAAGAAGAAAAGGUGAAGGCAUCAACAGGGACACCUAGGUCUUCAGGAUGCAAAUUGCUGAAUGCUUUGAUUUUGCAACUGUUCGGCCAAGUUUUGAACAUCUUUCGGCGGGUCCUCUCGAAAAAGUUAACCACGUUUUUUUUGGGGGGGGGUCAGGCUAUACUGUACAUGAAUCACACUGGUCUUGCUUUGAAUUUCCCUUUCUCUUUUUUUUUUCUAAAGCAAAAUACAACUUGGAUAUGCAUAAUCUGUAUAUCUCAAAACCACUAGGAAUAUUUUAGUUGGCAAAAAAAAAUAAAAAAUAAACUUUAGAUACCCACCUAAUGGGUGUAAAUUUUCAUGGUGCUGUACAAAUUUUCUUUGUAGUGCAAAGCUGUAGUAGGAAAAAAAAAAUCAAAAAAGAAAAUCAAAUCCCAUUAAUAUCUCAAGUUGGAGACAGACUUGUUAAGCAAAAGUUCACCUAUGUGCCUGACAUUGAGUGACUGUAUGAAAACAAAAUAUAUAUAUAUAUAUAUUUUUAAACCAAAAUUAACGACUUCAGUGGUGAAAUCAGAUAUAUAUGUUAAAUUAAGAGGUGUGAACACACUUUUCCUACAGCAACUGCAUUUAAAUUAAAAAAGAAAUAAAGAUUAAGAUGUGACCGAAUGCGAAAUAUUAAAAAAACUGUUAAGCGGUUUAAUAUUUUAUCAUUUAAUCUGGAAUAAAAUUCUGUACAUGGAUAAAUCCAUGAAAUCUUCACAGUGGCUUUUCCCAAAUUUGACUUGGUCAUGAAAAAAAAAAAGUCGCCAUAUUAAGUUGCAAAAAUUUUGUUUGUAAUGAUUUAAAAAUAUGGCUAUAUUAGAAUUCCGAUAAUUAAAUUGCUAAUAAAUUAAUAUUUAUAUCUAUCUAUUUAUCAAUCUAUAGAUAUAUAUCUAUAGAAUUAUA